AUGGCUCGUGCAACGGUAGCCAUCAUCGGCAUUGGUGAUAUGGGUGCUGGCGUAGCAGCAUUGCUGAUCGCACACGGCUAUGCUGUCAUCGCUAACGUGUCGGACAGAAGUCCAGCUACUCAAGAGCGGGCCAGAUCGAAUCACAUAUCACUGGUUCGAAGUGAUGGCGAGCUUUGUGAACAGGCCGACUACGUUUUGUCGAUCGUACCGCCCAAGGAAGCCGUACCAACAGCUGUACGAAUCAUGGACAUCACCAGCGACCCAGACUUCCAAAGGCGUGAGAGCCCGCUCUACUACCUUGAACUGAAUGCCAUCAGCCCUAGCUCCGCACGACAGGUCGAUCAGCUGUUCACAAGCUGCGGCAACCUACGUUACAUUGACGGCGGAAUCAUUGGGGGUCCACCCAGCCUCAAGCAAGAUGGCACUUGGAGCAGCCCUAGCAUCCCUCUGUCGGGUCCGCAUGGCCUGGCUGAUGCGCCAUCCAGCGGAAAGCAUCUAUCCAAUGUUCUAAACGCCAAGCAUAUCAACGAGGUCAUUGGCUCUGCUUCCGGACUGAAGAUGUGUUUUGCAACUCUGUCCAAAGGCUUCACAGCCCUGGCCAUUCUAUCAUUCACCACUGCCCGUAGCCUUGGUGUGCUUGAGGAGCUGCAGAGUCAUCUCGACGAGCACAGUCCGGGUGUACGAAGUAGAGCAGAAAGGGGCCUUGUCAGUAUGCCUCCGAAAGCAUAUCGAUGGGUCAAUGAAAUGGAACAGAUCGCCGAGACCUUCGAGGCGGAUGGUGGUUUUCUGGGGGAUGAGUCAAUUUUCCGAAGUAUAGCGCAGGUAUACGAACUAGUAGCAAAUGAAACCGAACUUGGUGAGGAGGUAACAGAGGCUCGACAGCAAGGCACAACGGCAGACGACGUGGCUAGGCUGAUGGUCGAGGGUAAUGAACGUCGGAAAGUCAAGAAGGAUUAG